UUCGUAGUUUUAUGAUUUUUUAAUUGUUUUUUCUAAUUUGUAGCAGUAAGUUUUGAUUUCACCCAAUUUCCCGCCUUGAACGCGUAAAACUUAUUCCAAUGUCCUUUUGUGACUGGUUCAGUAUUUCUGAAAUUCCGAAAAUUUGUUUUCCUGCUUCUGACUGCGAGUCUUUGGCGGGUUGGGAAAGCCAGCUCGAAGGCGAAGAGUUUGGUUCUGCAAUCUUGGUUGUUAACAUCCAAAAACGCCAUGGCUGAUCUAGUAAAAGGAUGCUGCUGCGCAGCCAUUGUAUUCACGUUGAUUUCGCCUGCGUUUUGUUUCCAACAAACCUCGGCUGAGCAGAGUUUCGGAGCGCGUACCUCCAGCCUGUGGGCAUCGCUGCAGAGCGUGACGCAUCACGCGAAAGCCCUCUGGGGCUAUGUGGAUUCGUUGGCCAAGGAAGAUUGUGAAGAGUCUGUUUGCUCCGAAGAUGAAUUUCUGGAAACCAAUCGCGAAUUCACACCUGUUGCCAAUGGAUGUGGAUCCUUUGGUUACAAUGUGGACAAGUAUAUUGCAGACGGGAUGAAAGACUGCUGUAAUGAACAUGACUUAUGUUUUUCCAAGUGUGGCGUGAAGAAGCAUAAAUGCGAUGAGAAAUUCAAAAAAUGCUUGUAUGAUGUGUGUCGGGACGAGGACAAUCUCAAAACAGGCCGUACAGUUUGCCAAAUAUCGGCGAAGAUGUUAUACGGGGCCACCACGCUGGCCGGCUGUUCAUCCUUCCAUGCCGCACAAUCCAGCGCCUGUACUUGCCAACCUCGCCGGAAAGGCCAGUCCCGUCGGUAUUCUCGGGAAUUGUGAUACGGCAACUGCCGCGGUGAUCUGUCUCUCACCACGGAGGAUUUUUGUGUAUUUUUUUUCUUAACGAACUGUGAUAUUUUUAUUACCAUUUCGUUCAACCGUUGACACCAUUUCUCUCCCGGUCCAUCCGCCACAUCUCACCAGCCAUGUUGCUGUCGAUGUUCCAUUUGGUCGGUGGUGUUGUUUCAUCGCCUGGUUGGCCAGAUAGCUAAUCGGUGUGGAGCGACAUACGGGAUUUUGGAUGUAUAUUAUUAUUUGUGUUGCUGGCGGAGAGAUGCUGCCCGGUCGGUUGUGCGCGCCGGCGGAGAUUGAUGAUGGUGAUACCGAGAUGAACGCGUGUGUUCGGUGUGAUUCCGUUACGGUUCAUAUGUAAUUUUCAUCUGGUGUAAUAACGCCACAUAACGGCACUGUCCGCUUGUCUCCACACACGCAGUUCCCAAAGAGUUCUGAUUGAAUAAUUAUGGAAAUGUAACUCGGUCACUCGGUUUAUGGGUGCAGGGGACAAGAAGUCGGCUGCAAGGCAAAGAUGCAUUUCCGGUUGCUAUAUCCUGUACAGAAAAAAUUGUAUUAUAAAAAUUAUUAUUCAUUUCGAUUGUUUUUUAAAGCGCGG